GACAUUUCUGGAGGAGCGAUCAGUGUGUCGUUGACCACCGACUCGCUCGCUUCGGAAGUUGACUCCUCAGGAAGGAGGCUCGUCUUCGGGAGUUCCCCCCGGAGUGCCACUUCUUCGGCAACUUCUUCGGGUACUUCGUCAAAGUACUCCGGGAACAUGUACUACCUCGGGUUGGCCCUCGGAGAGGCUAGGCCGAACCUCAUGUUGGGUCUCUACCGACAGAUGAGGUUCGCCUCGUCCUCUACGGUCCUACCUCUUCAGCAUCUACAACCGGCAAGAGACUCCCGCCGAGCUCUGCAGACCGCCAACAGGCCACGCAGGUCGACGUUCACCGAGAGGAACCAAUUAAAGUACGCAAGAAGACUCGUGGUGAAGUUGGGAAGCGCAGUGAUAACGCGAGAAGAUGAGCACGGCCUCGCCCUGGGAAGACUCGCCUCCAUCGUCGAGCAGGUCGCCGAAUGCCAAAACGAGGGUAGAGAAUGCAUCAUGGUGACCAGUGGAGCGGUGGCUUUUGGCAAGCAAAAGCUCACCCAGGAGCUCCUCAUGUCUCUUUCCAUGAGGGAGACCCUGAGUCCUGCAGAUCACACCAGAGAGCACGCAGGGACUCUGUUGGAGCCCAGAGCAGCCGCAGCAGUGGGCCAAUCGGGUCUGAUGUCGCUCUACGACGCCAUGUUCGCGCAAUAUGGCGUCAAGCUGGCGCAGGUGUUGGUGACGAAGCCGGACUUCUACAACGAGGAGACCAGGAAGAACCUCUUCAGCACUUUGAGCGAGCUGAUAAGCCUGAACAUCGUCCCUAUCAUCAACACCAACGACGCGGUGUCGCCACCUCCACAGGCAGACGAAGAAGUGGCCGGAGGUGGAGGUCGACGAGGGAUUUCGAUCAAGGACAACGACUCCUUGGCCGCCAUGUUGGCUGCCGAGGUGCAGGCCGACCUGCUGAUCCUGAUGAGCGACGUAGACGGGAUCUACAACCUGCCACCCUGGCAAGAUGGAGCGAAACUGUUGCACACCUUCAGCCAGGACCUGGGGGGCGCCAUCAAGUUCGGGGAGAAGUCCAAGGUCGGCACCGGUGGCAUGGACUCCAAGGUGCAUUCGGCUCUCUGGGCUUUGGAGAGGGGCGUCUCGGUGGUCAUCUGCAACGGCAUGCAGGAUAAAGCCAUCAAGAGCAUCCUGGGGGGGCGGAAGAUCGGCACCUUCUUCACGGAGACCGCCAGCUCCUCGGCGCCGGUCGAGGUCGUCGCUGAAAACGCCCGCGUGGGAGGCAGAGUCCUGCAAUCCCUGCGUCCUGAGGACCGAGCCAACUGCAUCAACACCCUGGCCGACCUUUUGCAUUCGAAGCAAUCCGACAUCCUGGAGGCGAACAGGAAGGACCUCGAGGAGGCCCAGAAAUCCGGACUAGCGAAGGCGCUGCUCUCCAGGUUAUCGUUGACCCCGUCGAAGCUGAAGUCCCUGAGUGCAGGACUCCGUCAGAUCGCAGACAGCUCCCUAACGAACGUGGGUAGGGUCCUUCGAAGGACCAAAUUGGCAGACAGUCUGGAGCUCAGGCAGAUCACGGUGCCGAUUGGAGUCCUGCUGGUCAUCUUCGAGUCCAGGCCGGAUAGCUUGCCCCAGGUCGCCGCCUUGGCCAUGUCCAGCGCCAAUGGACUCCUUCUGAAGGGAGGAAAGGAAGCUGCCCACAGCAACAGGUGUCUGAUGGACCUGGUCCAGGAGGCGCUGACCAGCGUCGGGGCGUCCAACGCCAUCUCCUUGGUCUCCACCAGGGAGGAGAUCGGCGACCUCCUCUCCAUGGAGAAGCACAUCGACCUUAUCAUCCCCAGAGGCAGCUCCGAGCUGGUCCGCAGCAUCCAGGAGCAGUCCAAACACAUCCCUGUCCUGGGACAUGCCGAGGGCAUCUGCCAUGUCUUCGUUGAUAAGGAUGCCGACCUCACCAAGGCUCUUAAGAUCGUCAGGGACUCCAAGUGCGAUUAUCCUGCUGCUUGCAAUGCCAUGGAGACUCUGCUCAUCCACGAGAGCCAUAUGCAGGGCUCUUUCUUCACCGAUGUCUGCAACAUGCUGCAGAAGGAAGGGGUCAAGAUCAAUGCUGGACCUAGACUCCGUCAGCAGCUCACCUUCGGCCCACCUGCGGCGAAGAGCAUGAAGACCGAGUACGGCUCCCUGGAGUGCACCAUCGAGCUGGUGCCCGACCUCGACGAUGCCAUCGGUCACAUCCACAAGUACGGAAGCGGACACACCGACGUAAUCGUCACCGAGGACGAACGUAGGGCCGGACAUUUCCAGAGGGAGGUCGACAGUGCUUGCGUCUUCCACAACGCCAGCACUCGAUUCGCUGAUGGAUAUCGCUUCGGACUCGGUGCCGAGGUCGGCAUCUCCACCGCUCGCAUCCACGCCCGAGGUCCUGUCGGAGUCGACGGCCUCCUGACGACAAAGUGGGUCCUGACCGGAAAUGGACACGCAGCUUCCGACUUUGCAGAAGGAGGACCCUGCUCCUUCGUUCACGAGACCUUGCCCAUCGAAAGCUCCGCAUGAAAUUCAGACAACGACCCGACGAGGCCUCUUCAAGGCUUCACCCUGGUGCAGAGCGCAAGGACCUUGCGCGCUGCAGCGGCGAAGAAGAAGCUUUUCAAUCUUCUAAAAAAAUGGACAGAAGCGAGGUCGAGGUUCUCCCGAAUCUCGUCUCGAUUUCCGAGAUUCGCCUCGCUCUCGACCUCGCUACGAAAAUUAAUUCGAACCUUCAAGGAACGUGGUCGAUAAACUGGAAAAAAGCUUCGUAGAGAAGCGGCAGAGAAUUCCGUAGAACGCUAAUCCCCCCACGGUGCGGGGAAUUGUUUAUAACAAAAAGAUGCGUAAAAACGGUCGGCGGGACAAGCCGGGCUAAAAAAGUGCGUAAAAGUCCCCGAAAUAUAGCACAUUAAAUUAUCCGGCAGGACAGAGGGCCAUUCUUCACAACGCGCUUAAACGAAGAUGCACCAUCCAGUGCAAUUGCAACAAAUGCAUACACGGGGUGCAACAAAAGCCCGGACAAAUUAUUAAAAAAAGAUGAGUAGAAAAAAAAAAGAAGUCGCCCCCGAGUGGUUUCGAUCCGACUCCCCCUUAAUCCAUCACGGACGUCGGCGACGGCUAACAAUCCUUUUUUCCGAUUUUUCAUUUCCAGUUUAUUUUUAAUAACCGCAAGAGAUGAAGGAGAAGACUGUACGCGUUGUUUAGAAGCUACUCUGGAUUUGAUAUUAAUUUUUACAGGCGGGAUUGCAAUUAUAUGUAGAUGCAUUGAG